GAUAGUAUACAACCGUUGUCUGAUCGCAAAUUCAGCCACUCUGAACAGCACAACUAUAACUCGGACUUGAAAUAGAUUUCUGUGUUGUUCUCCACGAGUUGGGUUUUAAGGUUUAGACCAAAACAUGAGACUGUUUGUUUUCCUCAUAGCAGUACCACUUCUGCUGGUUCUAGCAGAAAGCCAGGACCAGGAAGACGUAGAGGGGGUAGUAGUGAAUUCUACAGCUAUCCCGGCUGAAAGUUCAACCUCAGAAUCGGACUGGGGAAUAGGUACAUUGAGGGAAGGGUUCGAGGCUGUCAAUGGAUAUAUGGAUUCUUUCUUGGAGCUACUGGGAGGUCGGAACGGAGUAUGUCAGUACAGGUGCCGCUAUGGCAAAGCACCAUUACCGAGGCCAGAAUAUAAAAUGCCAGAGCCUAAUGGAUGCAGCACAUACUUCCUAGGUCUCAAGGUACCAGAAACACUCGACAUGGGAAUCCCUGCAAUGACAAAGUGUUGUAGCCAGCUGGAUAUUUGCUAUGAUACUUGUGGAGCAAACAAAUACCGUUGUGAUGCCAAGUUCCGAUGGUGCCUGCAUUCAAUAUGCUCUGAUCUGAAAAGGAGUUUGGGUUUUGUUUCAAAAGUCCAAGCCUGUGAAACAGUUGCUGAUGCAAUGUUCAAUACAGUUUGGACCCUGGGAUGCCGUCCCUUCAUGAACAGUCAGAGGGCUGCCUGCAUUUGUACUGAAGAAGAGAAGGAAGAGCUAUAAAAACUGAAGUGAAGUUCACAGAGGACUUUCAGAAUCCUAACUGUGUUUAAUAUUCCAGCGUUUGUCUGCUGGUUUGCUGACUUGCAUUCCGGUCCUUUGUUUUUGAUAUAUGGGACAAUGCACUCACAGAGAACAGUGUGGAUUGCUAAAUCAUGCUAUAAAGAGCAUAACUUUGAAUAUGGUGUUAAAAGUCGAGAACAAUAAGAAAAAAACAUUGGUGAUGAUUUUGAAAAUUUUACUUUUGAUUUAUAUUAUUAGGAUUUUAUACAGUUCUGUCUUGUAUUCCGAUUUUAAAGCACAUUCUCUAGGUAGCUAAAUGUUUUUGCAUGAGAAACAGUGUAGUUCCUAGAGAUGAAAUAAGAAACAUUUCUUUGGUAAAGGAUAGUUAUGAGAGAAAGAUGUCUAGGUGGUUUAGUGAACUAUAUUUUCUCUAACGUCAUAAAACAUUUUACUGUAUAUCAGGGUAGACUUAAUUGGCUAUGCCAGGAUGCAGUAUUACAAUAUUAUGCCAGCUAUUUCCCUCUAAAAAGCAAGAUAUGCACACAUCUUAGAUAGACUGUGGCUGGCAAUGCCCUCCAUUACACAGCUAAGCUUAUUUAUUAUAUUAACAAAUGACUUGCGUCACUAGUUUCAAUGACUGAUCAAUUAAAGAAAUCCAUAAUUGUCAAGUAUUAAUUAUAUUUUAAAAGCUCAUAAAAUCUAGUUAAACUGAGGUACUGAACUAUACAAGUUCAAAUCUGCUUGUCAUAAGUGGUCUGUUGUAAAUUAUGUUUUGUAUCUACGCUGUGCUUUUCAUUAUUUAAUUUUCAGCUUCCUUGCAGGUAUAUUUUCACUUUGUGAGAAAGACAUAUUGUAUUUUGUUGCUGGAAUUAUUCCACUCAUUUAAUUAUUCGUUCCAUAUAAAGAACUGAGUCUGAGCUUCUUGCAUCUCAUUUUAACAUUGAAACCCACUGAAAACCAACAAGCAUACAGAAAACAUUAUUUUUUUGUGGGGCAAGUCCCCAAAUACUCCAAUGUGAGGAACUUUGCCACACACAUACCCCUCCAGCUUAUAUAUAUUAACUGUGUGGUCACACAGCCAUGUGGAAAAACAUCCCCAUAAAUAUGAUCACCGCCAGUGCACAAAGUACAGCCUCAUACCGCCAGUAUGGCUGUACUAAACCGUAUUGGAGAAAUGAUAAAAUAUGAUUGGGAAAUUAUCACUUGACAAACGGACACUUGGCAACAGACUGCAGCCAUUGCCAUAAUAAUAGAGGCACACUAAAAUGGCACAUCUAAACUAAUUUGCAGACGCAUGUCAACUCUCUAAUUUUCAAUUUAAUGUGUCAGAAAGAUCCCGAUCUCUCAUGCUAAGGGUUGCAGUACAAAAGCCCUGUUUCUGCAAUGCAAUAUUUUGUGAUUGAGAGACACAUUCGCCACAAUGAGGAAAAAACUCCUUAAUGGCUAAUUUGCAUGUUUCUGAAUCACUAACUACCCAGAGUGUAGAUCAUCAUUUUCCCGUGGUAGUUAACAUGUUUUGUAGCUGCAUCUUGUAAGCACAGGCACCUCCCUCAUUCAUUCCCCCACACAUAAUACACACACACACACACACACACACACACACACACACACACACACACACACACACACACACACACACACACACACACACAUGCCUACAUUUGUUACAUCUCAGUCACUGCUAACCUUCUCACAUCUCAACCUAUGAUUGCCAUAUCCUUGGAUAGUAAUUUAUUUAUGUAUUUAUUUGCUAAGUGGGACGAUGGACUCAUAUAAGGCCCUUUGUAGCCAUUUCCUGAGCUACAGGACAUAACACAGCAAAUACAACAAAUAUUGAAAUGAGCAAGUGAAUAAUGUCAAGAAAAUAAGAAAACAGUUGACAAAAAUAAAUACAAAAUAACAGUAGCAUAACAAUAUGGCAUAACAUAGAACACAUUAUACUAUGUGAUCUAGAGAACAUAAUUGAAAACAACACAGAAAUAACCAUAGUAUAUAAGUAUAUACAUAUUCUGAAUACAACAUCCUUAUAAAAAGUAAUAAAAAAUUAUUAAAAUGUACCUCAGUGGCAGUAAAAUGUAUCUUACAUAAGCUGUAAGCCAAAACAGUAUAAGCAGGACAUUAUUUUAAUACACACAGCAUGUUAACUAAAGCAGGGUGUUCUCCAAAAGCACUUAGGGAUAAAAGUGUUUAAGAAGUCAUCUCUAGAUGUUUGCAGUCACUCAGCCUAUAUUCUUCUUCACAGUACACAAACUCAUUGCCAUACUCUUCACCAAACAGCAACUGGAUUAGGUUUCAACGUAGUGAUUUACAUUCAUGGAUGUCGAUCACAUUGGACUGCCAUUUUCCAUAAAAAUUCACUGCAGGUCUGACUUCUGUUUUCAUAUCAGUAGUGAUUCUGUAUGUGUUUUCUCCUCUUGUCUCUGUAGUUAGGCAAUCAUUCAGUUAGCUUAUUUAAGUAAGGGACAUGGGGACAAUGCCCUCAAAUGCGGAUGGCAGUGGGGCUUGUCCCCUACAAAAAAUAUUUUUCAUCAGGUUUCAAUUAGAUGAAGUUUAAACUAUUUCUUCCUAAUAGAAACUUGAAAAAAUGUAGGGGAGGUGAAAAAAUAUGUGCUAUGGUAGUUGUAAAAUGUCUGUUAGUCUGUCACACUGCCAGUAGCUUUUCUACAGAGCCCUUUUGAUAACCAGUUUCUCUGACAAAGUAAAUAUUUGAUUACAGAUUAAGAAAAAUGCAUCGUUGUACCUGUAAAUGUAAACUAGACUCAAGCUACAUGUCUUUUAGCCUUGAUAACUGAGCUGACUAAUGAUCUUUCCUUUAAGUAGAGUAAAAUUUAAUUUUUUUUAUUUAAUAUCAUAAUUACAGACCUGAGCAAAGGUUUACUUAAUUUCACAGAUUUGCAGACAACAUUGUCAACUUGUAUUUAGAUAUUUUCUGUGUUAGACAAGAGAAAAAUUGCUUCCCUUUCAUAUCUUCUAUUAUCUGAGUGUAUUGUAUUUCUAUUGUUUUUUUUUAAAGAUAGUAUGUAACAGUAUUAACAUUCUAUAUUUCCUUUGGUCCACUGAGUGCAGUAUUUUAUGUAUUUCUGCAGUCUGACAAUACAACUUGACCUCCUUCA